CUUUGUAACGGAAAGCUCAAAUCAACGGUCGUGUCGUGAAAAUUGGGCAAAGCUCCGUGUGAAAACGCUGAAAUUCCUCGAACGAAAUUGAUUUGUGCGUGUGUGUGUGUGUCUGUGCAUUUGAUCUAAAGCAAAGUAUUAGAAAAUUGCAAACGUGCAUUUUGGAAUUCACGGCCGCCACCAAAAAGUUGUCCAAAUUGCCAAAAAAAAAAAAAAAACAUUGUCUGGAAGGGAGCGACCGCGUGUGUCUUUGUGCCAUUGUGUUUGUGUCUGUGAAAAAUCCGCCCUUAACAGCAGCCAGAGCGCCAGCAAGGAUCCCGAAGCUAAGCCAAGUUAAACUUUGAAACCACGGCGCGACUUGAACCACCACCCGAGCGUUGAUGGCAGCCACCAAAAUCAUCGAUGCACCGCGCAACGGCCACGAGAUGGCCCCACUGAACACACGGGCACGGGGCGAUGGUACCCACGGGGUGACCAUCGUCCUGACCGCCCCGCAGCGCAACUCGGUGCAGUCGGUGGACAUUCCGGGCGGAGAGCCGGAGCGUGCAGCCUGGAGCGGCAAGAUGCAAUUCUUUCUCAGCAUCAUCGGCUACUCGGUGGGCCUCGGCAACAUCUGGCGCUUUCCCUACCUGUGCCAACAGAACGGCGGCGGUGCAUUCCUGAUACCGUUCAUGAUUAUGCUGAUACUGGAGGGCAUACCGCUGUUCCUCAUCGAGCUGGGAAUGGGACAACGCAUGCGGCUGGGUGCGCUGGGGGUGUGGAACACCAUCCAUCCGUGGCUGGGCGGCAUCGGCAUCUCGUCGUGCAUCGUGACGCUGUUCGUGGCCCUCUACUACAACGUCAUCAUCACGUGGGUCUUCUUCUACCUCUUCAACAGUUUUCGGUAUCCACUGCCCUGGUCCAGCUGUCCGACCAACGGCACUGGAUUUGCGGUUGAAGAGUGCGCCAAGUCAUCGGAGACAACGUACUUCUGGUACCGCACCACCCUGGAUGCGGCUCCGUCCAUGGACGAGCCCGGCGGCCUCAAGUGGUGGAUUGUGCUCUGCCUGAUGCUCUCCUGGACCAUUGUCUUCUUCAUCGUGAUGAAGGGCAUCCAGAGCUCCGGCAAGGUGGUCUACUUCACCUCCCUCUUCCCCUACAUCGUCCUCACCAUAUUCUUCAUCCGCGGCAUAACCUUGCGGGGCGCUGGCGCCGGUCUGAUGCACAUGUACACGCCGAAGGUGGAGAAGCUGCUGGAGCCGACGGUGUGGCUGGACGCGGCCACCCAGGUAUUUUAUUCAUUCGGCCUGGCCUUCGGCUCGCUGAUAGCCUUCGGCAGCUACAACACUCCGAAGAACAACUGCGUCCGCGACGUCCUGCUGGUGUCCGUGUGCAAUGCAGUCACCGCCAUCUACGCGAGUGUCGUCAUCUUCGCCAUUCUCGGCUUCAAGGCCACCAUGAACGUGGAUCGCUGUGUGGCAAGCAACACGGAAAUCCUCGUGAAGCAUUCGUUUCUGGAAAACAAGAACGCCACUACCCUGGAGUACGAGCAUGCGAUGGACAGGCUGAACGACACGGAGAAGACCCUGUUUCAGCUGAGCGAGUGCACCCUGUCCAAGGAGCUGGAUAAUGCUGCCGAGGGUACGGGAUUGGCCUUCAUUGUGUUCACCCAGGCCAUUGUGGAGCUGCCGGGUGCGCCCUUCUGGGCGGUGCUCUUCUUCACCAUGCUGCUGUCGCUGGGACUGGGCUCGCAGAUCGGCAUCUUGGAGGGCAUGCUGUGCACCCUCUUCGACAUAGACAUUAUCAAGCGGGUUAAGAAACAGCAUGUCACUGGCGUGGUGUGUCUAUUCUGCUUUACUGUCGGUUUCAUCUUCUGCACAGGUGCCGGGGAGUAUUGGCUCAAGAUGUUCGAUUCUUUUGCCGGCACCAUUGGCCUGGUGGUGGUGGCCCUAAUGGAGAUGAUUGCCGUUAUCUUUAUCUACGGACACGAGCGCUUCACUGAGGACAUCUAUCAGAUGACUGGCUACAGACCCGGACUCUACUGGCAGCUAACAUGGCGCUACAUUGGGCCCGCCAUCAUGGUCUGCAUUCUCGUCUCGUCCGUCGUCUUUAUGGUCAUCCGAAAUCCCACAUAUGGAGCUUGGAACGCAGAAUUGGGCGUGGUGGAGCAGAAGGAAUAUCCCAGGUGGGUGAUGGGCAUUGCCCUUUCGAUGAUCCUCGCCGGCGUCCUGCCCAUGCCCAUUGUGUUCCUCAUGCGCAGCUUCCAGUGCCUGAAGGUGGAUCUGGACAUACACCAGGGAUCGAUUCGACGCAAUGAGACGACCGCCUCAACCAAGGAGAUGAUUGACAAUGACGACGAUGAGGACGAUGAGAACGAUUACAGCGGACCCGCCCUAGGUGGCCACGUCAAGACCCAAAGCGAUGGCGACUUCUCCGACGACGACGAGGAGGACAAGCCCAUGACCAUGCGGAUGAUGAUGAUGCGUCCGACAACAACAUCGAACGUGUUGAAUGUGCCAACAAGCAGAAAGCAGAACUACAAAAAGGAUGCGUACGAUGUGUAGAGAGGUGUUCAGGUGUGCAGGAGCCAACACCAAAUGAAAUGAAGUGGAACCCCCCCGCGCAGAGACAGCCACAGAGACAGGAACAGAACGAACACAAUGGCAAGUGAAAUAUUAAUUAAACUGAGAGAACGGAGGAGGCAGAGCGAGCAGAAACAGUGCCGAGCUGAGCGCAAAAACAUUUAUAAAUAUUUACGCUAAGUAUUUUAACAUAAUUUAAAGCUAAACUAAGAAACAGAAAGAAUAAACUGAAGAGUUAAUUGAAUUCGAGUUCGAGUGCGUAACUCAAAUUGUUAAAACGUAUUUUAAACACAAA